AUGCACAGCAAUCAAUCUUCAACUUCUAUAGUUCUAUCUUCAUAUAAAAUCCAUUGAAAACCCCUCGUACCCACCCUAUCAUCAUCAAACCUCUCCUUUCCGAAUCCUCCUAUGUAAGCACUUUUCUCUUCCGAGCUUUCUACACAUAUGCACAUAAUAUUGCAUAUUUGCAUACUUGUAUUGCUUGUGUAAGCAGUAACUAUAAUUUUGAAACAAUUGCGGAUAUGGGUCUUGGAAUUCGAGUUUGCAUUGAGCUUGGCGCGGCUGCUGUGUAUUUUUCUUAAGAAAGAUGGAAUUUUUAGGCGUAAAUUGAGAAAACCCUAUAAAUUGGAUUAUUCCGUUUAGAGGAACUGUCUUAGCGAUUCGAAGAAAUUGGAUUUAUGUGACGUUCUGGGAUGAAUUUCUGAAUUUUGUCUUUAUAUUCUGGAAAGGUAUUGCUGCAGUUAUGAAUUUGUUUGGUAAAUGAUUGCGGAUAGGGACGGAAACAAUGGCUUUGGCAACCCUUCAUUUGCAGCAUUCUUAUAAAACAAAUCCUUUUCAAUCUUCAUCGUCGAGCAGUGGUAACAAAUUGACACGUUCUGUGACAACGGUUCGUUAUGUUGGGAGGAAAGAUAAAUUUACCUCGUUGAAGUGCAGAUCCUUUUAUAGUGGAGGAGCUCCUCUUUUCCUUAAACCAAAAGCCAAAGUAUUGAAGAUCUUGGCCUUCAAAAGUAGUAGCCAAAAUAACUCUGGGGGCAGUAGUGGAUCAAAGACCAAGAAGGAAUCUAUCAAGCUUUUUAUUGUAUCCCAAGGGAGUGAGGAAACGUCAGUGGAAUCUCCAAGGGCACAAAAUCUUCCCAUUUCUUAUACUUCUGAAACAGUUGACACCACCAGUGGCACUCUUGCUAUACAGAAAAUUUUCAAACACUGGUUGGCAAUACUUCGUACACCAUCCCCAGACCAGGCAACCAGUGAAACUGUUGAAGGACCAUCUUCAACAGAAGCUGUUGAGCCACAAAACCUGGUGCAACAGAAAGAAAGAGGCAAUAUCCUACAGGCAGUUUGGAGCUAUUUUGUUGGUCUGGAUGCAACAAUAAAGAUAAAUUUAUUGAUCUUCGUACCCUUUUACCUGGCUGUUAAUUUACUUUAUGGAGCUGAAGUUUCGAAGGAGUUGAUGCCAUUAUGGAUUCUUGGACCAUUUGUUGUUGCAUUGUAUAUUAAGAUGCUCCAAGGCAUUUGUGCACUUUACGUAUUCUGUUUCAAGCAGACAGUAAGAGUCGUCAAGAACUUCCCGACCUACUACAUGUUGGCUAACGAAUAUAUUGUUCAAGGGAAGCUCAAGGAAGAAAUGAGAGCACGCUUUUUGCAGCCUGUGUUAGAUAUUAAGAACAUAGACUACAAAGAGGUAGCGAAAAGUAGGAUGGAGGAUUUGAAAGUCAUUUUGGCAGAGAAAUACUUGGAUCUCGCGGAAUCAAUAUGGCCCUAUUACUGCAGAGCAAUCCGGACUUUGAAGAGGGCUAACCUUAUCUAGACUCGACAAAUUUUAGUGAUAUUUACGGUAAAGAGCUAUGGAUGCUGAGGGACAUCUUUCUGCUUAUUCACUUUUUUCUUGGAGGGGAAGAGUUGAAACCCCAUUUUGACCUGGGGUAGUCAUUCCCUAAAGAGAACAGAAUACUAUUGCAACACAGCCAGACUUGCAGGUUUUUUUGUAACUUUCUGAGUUGCAGUUGAAGUUAGUUUGCAUUGGAUGUUCAUUAAUUCAUCACAUCCUGAUUAAACUUAGGCCUCGUAGGGAUGCUUCUCACUGUGUUUAACCACUCAAAAUCUCUAACACUCCUCUUCUUGUCACAUCAGUUUCUUAUUUUUGGAAGAUUUUUUUUGUUUAGUUGUGUGAAUUGUGGAAUAUGUUACUACUGUCCUUUCGAUUUCCAUCAGAUUUAGCCCGCUAUUUGAUUCCAUCCUCUGAUGUCUUUCUGGUUU